AUGGCGACUCCGACGAAAGAUCGUGAUGCCGCAAUGGACCAUCUCGAAUUCAUCGACGAAAAGGCUACCAACAAGCAUUCCAAUGCCCAAGUCAAUGGCAACAUCAAUCUUCUCGACGACCAAGGCGACGUUCGCCGGAUCCCCAUCCCAUCCUCAGAUCCCAACGACCCUCUAAACAUGCACAAAUGGCGCAAAUUGGGAGUCCUAAUCUCAUGCUGUUGGUACUCCAUUUUCUCUCUAGUGCUCGUCGGGGGCGCAGGACCCAUCCUACCAUUUUGGAUCCAGGAAUAUGCGUCCAGUGGACGAGAUGUGACGGAAAUCGUCAAGUUGACAACGUAUCCAAGCUUGGUUAUGGCGUUCGGAGCAUUCCUCAUUCUUCCCUUAUCCAUCGUCUUCGGUCGCCGACCAGUCUUGCUGGGAUGUUGUCUUCUUCUUCUCGGAUCUACGAUCGGGGCGGGACUGAGCCAGUCCUAUGAAGCACACAUGGCUUGUAGAAUUCUACAAGGCGUUGCUACCGGUGCGGCUGAAUCCGUCCUCCCUCUAGUCAUCACCGACGUCUCCUUUCUCGACGAGAGAGGGCUUUUGUUCGGAUUCUACUGGGGUACACAAAGCUGCGUCAAUGCAAUCUUCACUAUUACUGUCAGCUAUCUAGCUGCAGACCUUGGAUGGAGAUGGUUCUACUGGCUUCUAACAAUCCUAGUAUCUCUAAAUUUCCUCCUACUAUUCUUCUGCCUGCCCGAAACCCGCUACGCACGAAGUCCAAUGUCCAUCCGGGGGCAAGAAUGGCAUACUGAUGAGUUUGGCGUCACACGCGUCAUCUCUUCACAACAGGCACAGGCACAGGGGCGAUUAACCGCGUCUACGAUUCCUGAAAUCUCCUCGGACAACGUUCUUGGGGGACAGAAGAAGAAGCGAUCCUACUGGCAGGAACUCCACCCCAUUAGCUCCGUAGCUCCCAAUGGAUUCAGAAUCGGCUUUGGGGUCAUUGUCAAAAUGCUCUCGGCUUUGAGUUCGCCAGCGGUGAUUUGGGCUAUCUUUGCUACUUCUAUCAGUUUAGGCGUUGGUAUUUCCAUGAGUUUAACCUACGGAUUAAUCCUCACUGAAAAUUACACAUGGAGUCAAAGUUCCGUAGGACUUGUUAACUGCGGCAUCCUACCCGCAGCCCUCCUCGCAAUGUUCUGGGCAGGCUGGGGCGGAGACAAAACGAACCUCUGGCUUGCAAAACGUCGAAACGGCGUGCAUCAUCCGGAAGAUACAUUGGUUAUUCUCAUCUGUCCGACUCUUGUGAGUGGGAUCGGGAUUGUUGUGUAUGCUUUGGCUGCUGCUAGACCUGAGGGGUAUAGUUCAUGGGGGAUUAUUAUGGGAUGGACAUUGUUGCAAUUCGGCUUCAUUGUGUGCAUUAUUACAACUACGCAUUUUGCCGCAGAGGCUUAUCCGAGUAAUCCGGGCCCUGCACUUGUGCUUGUUGUUGGGGUGAAGAAUAUCGUUUCAUUCGGUCAGUCAGUUCUGGAAUCUCCUUCGAAUGCUUCUCCGAUUCUUCCUCAUUGGCAUAAUGAUUGA